AUACAUUCCCCCCCCCCUCCCGCUUGAUCUUGUUUUAUUCGAGCAGCACGUAUCUCCACCCCUCCUCCCCCUCCCUCUCCAGGUUGAUCGGCUGAAAUGAGGCUUUGCGCGCUUAUCCCUUCUCGGGCUUUAAAACAAAACCCGGCCCCGCGCAGCCGGCGGCGGCUCGGGGCGUCUCGGCUCUGAAGCGCGGCUGGGCCGGGCGAGGCGAGGCAGGACACCGCGGAGCGGGGCGAAGGCUCCCGCGGAAACUUCGCUUGGAAAAUAAACCUCCACCACUCUCCUGGAGAUCCACGUGAGAGCAGGAAAACGCGACUGCAAGAUCUCCGCGCUGCUGCUGCAUGCUACGAUUUUACUUUUUGUUUGCAUUGAUUGUUUUUUUCUGUUUGUUUGUUUAUUCUUACUUUCAUUUUGGAACCGGUUCCCGGUUGCUUGGCUGAACUUCUGGAGACCAGUGGACCUUUUAUAUUGCCUUCCUCUGUUUUAAACAAACUGUGGGCGCUUAAACUUUUCUCUUUCCCCCUCCCCCUCGCUCCUUAACCCCCACCCUUCAGCUCAUGGGGCUAACACUGCAAAGCAGCCGCAGCAGAGGGGGAAAUACACAGACACUGAUUUAUUUUUCCGUCUCCUAAAUUGUAGUUAAUUCUACUCAACACCCAUUCUCUCGCUCUUUUUUGGCUGUCGGGUGUCGAUCUGUGCAUUGUUUUAUCUGAUCUCGAUCCUUUUGUUGUUGUUGUUUAAAUGCCAUGCACUACUUAUCUAGAGAGAAAACUAUAUGGAGAUAGAGGCGUAUAGUGAAUGCGCGUGUUUCCAUAAGACACACUAUCAAGGGAGCAGAUCAGAAGCAGCCCGGAUCCUGACCCUGACUGUAUGAAUAAGUAAGCAGGAUGCUGACGACUGUGUGUUAGUUGCCUGUAAGGUUUUCGUAAGUUAAAGGGGGACGGAGGAGGGGGGACAGACCAGAGACAGAGCUUAGAGUGUUUGUGCAGAGGGGGGCGAAGCUCUGACACUUUGCUCACUCCAGCAUAGCUGCUGCCUCCCAUCACUAGAGCUCCGCGGUUUGCUGUAGUGCACCCUCCCUCCCCCACCCCGCCUGCUCCCUUUUCUUUCCUUCCUUUUUUCUUUCUUUCUUUUUCUUUUCCCCUCUCCCCGUGGUAGUUUGCUGAUGUGCAGCCCGGAUCCAUCUUCUGGUAGCAUCAGCGGGACCGGGGUUGGCGGCGCGGCGGGCGGCGGGCGCGCAGCAGGGCGCGGGCCGGGCGCGGAACGGGACGCGGGCAGCAGCCGCCGCCGCCGCCUUCUCCACGGGAAGUUUGGCUGGGGUUUGACAGAGGCGAGGGGACGCCCUGACAGACAGGAUCUCCCAGCCUGAGUCCACCCCCUGCGCCCACCCACACACCCGGAGACUUUUCCCUGACGAGAGGGCAGGAGGGGCACCGACGCUCAUGCUCCUCACUCUGUGUCGCACCCGUCUGAUUGGGGCUACCUAGAGGGCACCGUCUCUCGGAAGAGCCCCCAGGUGGAGAACGAAAAAAAAAAAAACCCAACCCCUCCACAAAACUUGUGGUUCCUCCAUCCCUUACCCUCCUUUCCCAAGCCGGCAUGGACAGCCGAACCGGCCGCCUAGUUCACCCGCGCCCUGCCCACCACCUCUUCGCCCGAGGGAGGAUGAAGAUGCUUUGCUGGAGGAUGGCACUGUGGUUGGCCGGGUGGACUGUCUGCGGGAAGCCUUCCUGCUGCUCUGGCCUUGAUUAUGACUACACUUACGAUUUCACUGAAGAGGAUAAAGCCGAGGCGAUAGAUUAUAAGGAUCCUUGCAAAGCUGCUGUCUUUUGGGGAGAUAUUGCCUUAGAUGAUGAAGACUUAAAAAUCUUUCAAAUUGACAGGACGAUUGACCUUACACUGCACUCCAAUGAAAGACUUGGCCAUAACACAGGUGGCUUUGGAGAACAUGGAAUGUCAAAAAAACACGGUGCCCUCUAUCAGCUUAUAGAGAGGAUAAGAAGAUUUGGCUCUGGUUUUGAGCAAAAUAAUACAUCUAAAGGAAGAACUACUGCAAAAUUCUCAGGGAAAAAUGAGAAAAACCGAUUUCCUAGAGCUGCUACAUCACGAACAGAAAGAAUAUGGCCAGGGGGUGUCAUUCCAUAUGUUAUAGGUGGAAAUUUCACUGGCACCCAGCGCGCCAUGUUCAAACAGGCCAUGCGGCACUGGGAAAAGUACACGUGCGUUACAUUUAUCGAACGAAGCGAUGAGGAAAGCUAUAUUGUUUUUACAUACAGACCAUGUGGGUGCUGUUCUUAUGUGGGUCGAAGGGGAAAUGGUCCUCAGGCUAUAUCUAUUGGCAAGAACUGUGAUAAAUUUGGCAUAGUUGUCCAUGAAUUGGGUCAUGUGAUAGGUUUUUGGCACGAACAUACACGACCAGACCGUGAUGACCAUGUUACCAUCAUUAGAGAAAACAUCCAGCCUGGUCAGGAAUAUAACUUUUUGAAGAUGGAACCUGGAGAGGUGAACUCCCUUGGGGAACCAUAUGACUUUGACAGCAUUAUGCACUAUGCCAGGAACACCUUCUCAAGGGGCAUGUUUCUGGAUACCAUUCUCCCUUCCCGUGAUGAUAAUGGUAUACGACCUGCCAUUGGCCAGCGUACUCGUCUAAGUAAAGGAGAUAUUGCACAGGCAAGAAAGCUGUAUAGAUGUCCAGCCUGUGGAGAAACACUGCAAGAAUCUACAGGCAACUUUUCUUCUCCUGGAUUUCCAAAUGGUUAUCCUUCCUACACACACUGCAUAUGGAGAAUCUCUGUGACCCCAGGAGAGAAGGUAAUUAAUGAAAAUUUGGAAUUGGUAUUAUCAAAAACUUACCAGUAUUAUCAAAAACUUACUCAGAUUGAAAGACAUGACAACUGUGCAUAUGACUACUUGGAAAUUCGAGAUGGAACAAAUGAAAACAGUCCUUUAAUUGGUCACUUUUGUGGCUAUGACAAACCAGAAGACAUUAGAUCUACCUCUAAUACCCUGUGGAUGAAGUUUGUUUCUGAUGGAACUGUUAACAAAGCAGGAUUUGCAGCUAACUUUUUUAAAGAGGAAGAUGAAUGUGCCAAACCUGACAACGGUGGCUGUGAGCAGCGCUGUGUAAAUACUCUGGGCAGUUACCAGUGUGCCUGUGAUCCUGGAUAUGAACUUGGUCCUGACAAAAAGAGUUGUGAAGCUGCUUGUGGAGGACUCCUGACAAAGCUAAAUGGGACUAUAACCACACCAGGGUGGCCCACAGAGUAUCCUCCAAACAAAAACUGUGUGUGGCAGGUGGUCGCCCCAACGCAGUACCGAAUUUCAAUGAAGUUUGAGUUUUUUGAGUUAGAAGGAAACGAAGUUUGCAAAUAUGAUUAUGUAGAGAUUCGUAGUGGCCUUUCUUCUGAUUCUAAGCUACACGGUAAAUUCUGUGGUACAGAAGUGCCUGAAGUUAUCACCUCUCAGUACAACAAUAUGCGAAUUGAGUUUCGAUCUGACAACACUGUGUCAAAAAAAGGUUUCAAGGCACACUUCUUCUCAGACAAGGAUGAGUGUUCGAAGGACAAUGGUGGCUGCCAGCAUGAGUGCAUCAACACAGUAGGAAGUUAUGUUUGCCAGUGCCGAAAUGGAUUUGUGCUACAUGAAAAUAAACAUGACUGUAAAGAAGCUGAGUGUGAACAGAAGAUCCACAGUCCCAAUGGUAUCAUCACGAGUCCCAAUUGGCCUGACAAGUAUCCCAGCAGAAAGGAGUGCACAUGGGAAAUCAGUGCCACCCCUGGGCAGAGGGUCAAAUUGAUGUUCAAUGAAUUUGAAAUAGAACAACAUCAAGAAUGUGCUUAUGACCACUUGGAAGUGUUUGAUGGUGAAAGUGAAAAAUCACCAAUCCUUGGGCGCUUAUGUGGCAGUAAGAUACCAGAUCCUCUUAUUGCUACUGGAAACAAAAUGUUUCUCCGCUUUAUUUCUGAUGCAUCAGUUCAAAGAAAAGGCUUCCAAGCAACACACUCUACAGAGUGUGGUGGUCGGUUGAAAGCUGAAACCAAGCCCAAAGAUCUGUACUCACAUGCUCAGUUUGGCGAUAACAACUAUCCGGUUCAGGCAGACUGCGAUUGGCUUCUGGUGGCAGAGCAUGGCUAUCGGGUUGAGUUAAUGUUUCAGACUUUCGAGGUUGAAGAAGAGGCAGACUGUGGUUAUGAUUAUGUGGAGCUCUUUGAUGGUCAUGAUAAGACAGCAGUGAGACUUGGUCGAUUCUGUGGAUCUGGGCCACCAGAAGAAAUUUAUUCAGCUGGAGAAGCUCUUCUACUUCACUUUCACACUGAUGAUACAAUCAACAAGAAAGGAUUUCAUAUACGAUACAGAAGUAUAAAAUAUCCAGAUAGUGUGCACACCAAAAAAUAACACAAGAACCUCUAUGCCAGAAAAGGAGAAUGAGAAAGUAAGAACGCACAGUAAAAAGGAAGGAGGGUGUGUCUUUUUUUUAAUUGAAGUUAUUAGCACAAAUGUUUAAUAUAAGUUCAGUUAAAAUGCUGACUUACAAGACCAGAGACUGAAAUAAAAUAAAAGAACAAAAUCACCUGUCCCAGUGGAAUAGUCAAGAUGAUGAUGUCCAGGCUCCGUGCUUGACUGUCUCUGCAAACCUUGUGAAAGGACUGUGCGUGCAGGGAGAAUAGAAGAGCUUUUGUUAAUGAUUUGACAUUUGCUAGAACUGCGUGCAGAUUCAAUCAGUUGCAUUCAAGGGAAAUGACCCUGUAGACCGUUCUUCCUUCUGACACUUGUGUGGGGUCUGGGAGGAAAAAAAGCUCUUUUAGGUCACACACUCAAAAUACUGUCCUUCUAUCUAGUUGCUUUGACUUUGUAUCCUGCAUAGAGUGUGUACAAGAACUUGAAAGAAGAUAUGAAAUGGGAAGGUCUUCCCUUAUUGUUCUGUAUUUUUUACAAAUUCAUCUGUCAUAUCAGGUUAUCAGUGUUUUAAACUGGAAAAUCCUACUUCUGAAACAUAACUGAUCUAUAGAGUAUUUUGUUUUACUAAUAACGGAGAAGUCUUAACUGUUGCAUCAGUCAUCACUAGUGACCAAUCACUGGUUGACUGAAUUUGAAGAGUUAAGCAUCUGAAAAUGCUUGGCUUACUAGUUAAGUAAGCUAUCUCUGAUGAUGUGCUCUUAUUUUGCACUGAAUAUAGAAAGAGACUGAAAGAGUUGAAAACCUGUCCUGAAUCAAAAUUAAUAUCCAUGCAAAAGAGAAAUAAUAAAGGAUCAUCUUGAACUCCUCUUACGGAAUUUGUUUUCAGCAGUACAUUUGAAAAAACUGCUAAGCUUUAUUUCUUCAAACCUUUUUGUGAAUGAGCUAUUUGCCUGGUUUAGCUACUGAGAAAUGAAGCUGCAAUAGUAUCCAAGAGGGAAGCUUCCCAAAGACAGGGGUUUUUUUCUGAGAGUAAGUAUAUCUGUGAUGGUAAAAAAGCAAAACAGAACAACAGACCCAGGAUUAGUUUGAUAUCAAGAGUGAAUUCCUAUGGUGCUAUUCCAUGAACAUUAAAAACAAAAACAAACCAAGAAGUUUUAGACUUUUGAGCCAACAGUUUGCAGAUCACGAAUGUCUCACUAUACCUGGCUGCAUCUGGAAAAGGAAGGCUUUACUGCUUCAAGGGAAAGUGGAUUGCAAUGGCAGCGCUAUUCCUGUGGAACAACUACUACUAUUGCCUUAGAAUCCUUGCACACAAUCAGACAGAUCUUCCUGUAGAUACACCUCUAAUUUGAUAAAUAAUUGGACAACUCGGUCAUCUUAGAGUACAUUAACAAGAGGAUCUUCAAGCAAAAGCCCCAUCUUCAGAGCAAGAUCAUCUGCUGUAAAUACAAUGACCUGCUUUUGAUGUAGAGACAUGUUACAUUUAGAACUGAGAUAUUCUAUGUGCUUUAGGCCAUACAUGACUUUAGUCAUAAUGUAUAUGCAUUAUGUAAGUAUUGUAUGAAUGACUGCUCCAGGGGAGUGAGAGGUAUUGUAUGGGUGAAAACAGAAUUGUUUCUUUAUGUGCCAAGUUCUAUCAGGACCCUAUUUGACUGUAGCAACUUUUCUUUAAAGGCUUCAUAGACAGAUAACAAGGACUUCUAGUUGGCAAGAAUCAAGUUUAAAUGAAGUAUUAUGUUUCACUUACAAGAAAUAUUAUUUUGAUAUCCUUUGAUGUAAGUUGCUACUCAGAUUAGCUUAGUUUUUGUUUCCUUACUAUGAACAUACAUUGGCACUAAUAAAUCUGACCUUUUUUAUAAAAAUAAAACCCAAAUGUCUGUA